GGCGCGGUCCCUUUAAGGGAACCAUGGCACCGCUCGAGUCGAGGCAGACAUCUUUCAAUGCAAGAAUUUUCCUUGCAUAAAUUAUGUUCAUGACGUAGUGCAAAAGGGCAAUUUUGGGGCAAAAUUGUCCAAUUUUACAGCCCAAAAGAGACUCAGUGAGCCACCUGGGGGAUUUUCGGUCAUUCGGAGUGUCGCUGAGAGGGCGUCGUCUUUGCAUUUUGAGAGGGGAGAAGCCCGACGUUGCAGCCCUGCUUAUCAAUGCAAAUACCUCUCUUUUGUGUGCAGUUACAGCGCCUGUCUGGGAGCUGAGGUGAAUUUAUAAUGAUGCGUGACUGAAACAAGCGGCGACAAGGAGCCCCUUUGAACGCGGCGGAGUGCGGAAAAACAGGCGGCUUUUAGCGGAAGCCCAGGAGGACUGCAGUGGUGCAUCUCGCCAUGAGCUCCAAUAAUCCUCCUUCCAAAGAUGCCCCUCUGACUGUCAAUGAGCAGGUGAUUGUGAUGUCUGGCCAUGAGACUAUUCGAGUCCUGGAGGUGGAGGUCGAUGGAUCUCAGUCGUCGUCUGCGUCGGAUGGGAAGAGCGAGGGCAAAGCUGACGAGGGCAUUUCUGCGGAGCAACCUGAGGCCAGGAGCACCCCGAAAAGCAUUUCUGUGUCCACGAGUGCUGGAGAAGCAGCGAUGGGCGACCAGCAGGUGAUGUCAGUCGGUAUGCCCGCCGUUCAGACGCUGACUCCUGCCAUCCCGAUCAGCGUCUCCAUGCAUCAGCCUCAAACCGCCAUGCCCAUCACCGUACAGGGAUGUCCACAGGUGCUGACGCAGGAAAGUCUGGCCACUCUUAUGACCGGGAUGAUGGCUCAGACGGGCUCACUGGGCCAGCCUCUGCUGAUUCCUCUCAACAUGUCCGGCUCCAUUGGCGGUCAGGGUGGCUUAGCGGUUCUGACUCUCCCUACCACCAACGUUGCCACGCUUCCUGGUCUUGCAGCCACAAACCCAGCCGGAAACCUCAUCAAGCUACCCUUUACUGGCCUUCAAGCUGCAACCGUCCUGAACUCCAUUCAGCCGCAGCUGCAGGCCGGCGCGCAGACUGUGUUCCAGCCACAGACGGCCUCCAUUCAACCAGUGCAGACCGCUGUGCCGCAGGUGACGCCUCAGCCAGCGCAGGCGACGAGCACGCAGGUGACCACCGUCCAGAACAGCUCUGCUGCCUCCACGGUGUCGCCGUCCAACAUUUCUGUCACGGCUCUUCAGACUGCGGGACUGUCCAUUAACCCAGCCAUCAUCAGCGCUGCCUCUUUAGGAGCGCAGCCGCAGUUCCUCACCUCCCUCACCUCCACACCCAUCAUCAGCAGUGCCAUUUCCAGCAUGGCGGGCAUCACCAGCCAGAUCAUCACAAACGCCCAGGGACAGGUCAUCGGGACCCUCCCCCUGUUAGUGAACCCCGGCUCUUUAGCAGGAGGAGCCGCGGCUUCCACCCUCCCCCUCCAGGGUCUCCAGGUCCAGGCCGUGACUCCACAGCUGCUCCUCAACACCCAGGGCCAGAUCAUCGCUGCUGUGGGGAACGGACCUGCUGCCAUUCCAACCUCUGCUGCCGUGUUAACCAAAACCGCUGCUCCUCCGGCGCUGAACAAGCCGAGCACACAGGCUUCAGUGACGACUGCCACUCAGUCACCGGUGGUCAUCGCGCCGCAGCCGUCCAUGUUGAAGACCGGCGCCACACACCCCUCCAUGGCCCCCAUCAACUGUGGAGAACUGGCUAAAGUGGGCCAGCUAGUCAACAAACCGCAGCAAACGGCGAGCGGCGAGGAGGGCAUCAAUCUGGAGGAGAUCAGGGAGUUUGCCAAAAAUUUCAAGAUCCGCCGGUUGUCCCUGGGACUGACGCAGACGCAAGUGGGGCAGGCCCUGACUGCGACGGAGGGUCCAGCUUACAGCCAGUCUGCUAUUUGUAGAUUUGAGAAGCUGGAUAUCACCCCUAAAAGUGCCCAGAAGCUGAAGCCAGUUUUGGAGAAAUGGCUCGCCGAAGCGGAGCACUGGAACCAGAAAGGCCAGCAGAAUCUGAUGGAAUUCGUCGGCGGCGAGCCUUCGAAAAAGCGUAAACGCCGCACCAGCUUCACGCCGCAGGCGAUCGAAGUCCUGAACUCGUACUUUGAGAAGAACGCCUUGCCCACGGGCCAGGAGAUCACCGAGAUCGCAAGAGAGCUUAACUAUGACAGGGAGGUGGUGCGAGUGUGGUUCUGCAACCGGCGACAGACGCUGAAAAACACCAGCAAGAUCAACGUCUUCCAGGUUUAGGAGCAGCUCCGAUUCUUUUUUUUUUGGAGCGCGCUCUUGUUCAUGAUGCAGAAUGUGCUCUGAAUUUGAAGAAAAACUAACCAAGGAGAUGAAGGAAAUCAUUUUAUUGUCUGAUUGCUGAAAGCAAUCAGAGUAUGUUGUUGUAAUUCUUUAUUAUAUUUUAUUAUUCUUCUUCUUCUUCUUCUUCUUCUUCUUAUUAUUAUUAUAUUUUAUUCCGUCACUUUUUUGGAUCGCUACUGUUCUUACAGUUUUAAAGAUAUUAAAGUGCUUUCAAAAGUAGUUUAUGAAGCUCUAUUUGGAGAAGAGUGCCAUUACUUUUGGUAUGCGUUGGAAUUAUGUAUGAUUUUAUAUUAAUAUUUUUAUGAAAUAUUUUUCCCAUAGACUUAACAUUGGAAGCACUUUAAAAUGCUUAUAACUUCAAAAAUACUGAAGAUAAUUCAAUGAAACUUUACAGUAUUGUAGCUUAUAGUAAUCUACACAAGCUAUAACAAUUGUGGCUUAAUGGUGCUCUAUAGCGCCACCAGGCGGCCGUUUUUGUAAGAAAUUCGUUUUUGGCCUCUAUCUCGAAUACCGUAAGUCGUAUUGACGUGCUUUCUUUUUCCAUGUGUUACUUGGAUGCUAAUGAACGUUUUUCAAAUUGGGACCACCCACUUCCGUCUACUUAGAUUUUUCGCAAUUUGCGAUUUUUUGUAAAACACGUUUUUGGGUCCCUAUUCAACAUAGUUUCCCCAAACUUUAUGAAAAUUGGUACAUACCCUAUUUGGACUACCCCGAGUCCAAUGGUACCACUCGUUCUGCGAUGUGAUUUAUAGUUUUCAUAAAAAACGUAAUGCUAAUGAGGUGGGUGUGGUCCCAGACUUUAAAGUGCUCUAAAUCCUGUACAGAUUGUCAGAACUUCACAAAUCUUAAAACAUAAGUUCAUCUUAGAGUGAUAAAGAACUAUCAAAAGAAUUAUGAAAAUAUUCCUAUAGGUGGCGCUAUAAUUUAGGCAAUUGUGUUUAGGCCUAUAUCUCAUAAAAAACUUAACCUAGCUACAUAAAAUUCAACAUGUAUGUUGUAUAUGGAGUGUUGUAUAACAUACCAGAAAAGUAGGUCGCCUGCGCCACCUAGUGGUGACGUAAGAAGGAUUAGCUAACUUUGGAGUAGUUCUUGUAUCUUCUAAGCAAUUGCAGAUAUCGAAAUGCAAUCACUUGUAGUUUGUUAAGCUGUCCAAAGACAUGCUUGGUUUAAGAUUUCGUACCAUUUGGUGUCAUAUUCGAUUUUAUAUGAAUUUUAUAGUUAUCGUUUUUUGUAUUGAAAAUACCAUAGACAAAUUUUAAACCCCUAUAUCUUGGAAAAUGUUAGACCUAUUGGUAUGAAACUUUGUAAGUAGAUACAUCUAAGCAAUAUUUAUAUGCUCUAUCAAAACUGGCUCUAUUGCGCCACCAGGUGGUCACUUGUAGCACCAAAGUGUUUCUGCCUUAAUCUUCAAGAGCAUUUGUCUUAAGCACCAGCUUUUACUCCUUCAUGAUUCAUUGGAUACUAAGGUAACAGUGGAUAUUUAUCAGCGAUCUCUAUUGUGUAAGAAUUGUUCGCAAUUUACGAUUUUCCGUAAAACACUUACUUGACUCCCUAUGUCACAUACUUUGACUAAUCUUUGCAAUGUUCUGCACAUACCCUAUUUGGACCACCACAAUUCCAGUGGUAAUAUCCGUUUUGCAUAGUUCCGUACCGUUUUUGCGGAACACGUUAUGCAAAUUAGACGGGAGAGAUUGUAAUGUUUGCAAGGCUGCAGCCCCUUAAGAGUUUAACAUAACUUCACCAAAUCUUCAAGACUGCUUCCACAAUCUAAGAUAAGUCAGUGCAACAACUUUGACGACAAUAUUCCUGUAGGUGGCGCUACAAUCUAUUCCAAGUGUUUUGUGCAAUAUCUCCAAAAGUAAUUGAGCUACAUGGAUGAAACUUGGCGUGAAGGUCGAACAUAAGGUCUUUCACAGUUGCAGCUGUAAAAUGCUUCAAAGCGCUAUUGCUUUCAGCAAUCAGACGCAAUUUCUUCAAGGAAUUGCAAAUCUAGUUUGUUAUGAAAGAGUCCUAAGAAAGAAUUUCUAAUGAUGUUUGAGUACACGGAACUACACGGUCCUGUCAUGUCAUGCAGUAUUUAGAACUUUUUAUACGAGUGAUUUUAUAAGCUAACUCAUUUGACUUAUUCUAUUUUAGUCAUGUUCCACAUCGAGUUCUAUUGAUUCUCAAACGGUUAUUUAUUCAACAUAAAUGUUUAACAUGUUUGUCCUGCAUGCGUAUUUUCUUAACAGUCGUAAGAAGGAAGACUUUUCCUUGGCAAUAACUUUUAUCUAAGGGACUCGUGAAAGUGACGAGUCUUCAUCUUGCUCUACUGAUCGGGACAAUCAUACCUUUAGUUACGUACAAACCGACCAUGUACAGGUCUGUCGCCUCCCGACACGAACUUUAGAAGAAUCUGGCUAAUCAAGCUCUAUUCUGAUAUCUGAAAGACUUCAUAUAAUUUCUCCUUCAUGAUCAGUUUUCAAACAACACUACCCUUAUACCAAAUCCGAGUCCCCGAUUGAUCAAACUUCAAGACCUUUUAGCUCGAAAACUGACUUAAAAAACUAUGAAGUUACCAUUGCGAAAGCCCAAAACGCUCCUAUAGACACAUUUACACACACUUAUCAAUGGAAGUGAUCUCUCAAACACACGUUUCCAAGCCCGGCGUGAACACAGCAUGAGAGAUUUUUUUUUAAAUAUUGAGAAAAUUGUCUAAAUAACAUCCAACUUGUCAAAUAUUCAUGCGCCCUAAAAACCUGGCUUAUUCCAAAUAAAAACAUUCUAAAAAGCCAUGUAGGAUGCUCACAGAACAGCAGAUUAUUUGCAAUAAUCCACGGUGCCACAAUAUAAUUUCUUUGUUAAUUUUGAUUGUUUUUGUUUGUAACUUGUGUAAAUAACACCUGUGCUAUGAGUUGUGUAACUUCACCAUUGUGUCUUGUUUUUAACACUAUAUUUGGUACUUUUUUGUAUGUACUUCUUUAUUUUCCUUCAAAAGCCAUAUAAUUAAUUUGGUUAAAUUGAUCUUUUAAAAUCUGAAUUUAAUUGGCCAAAUAUGAAAUCGACCUUUGUAAAGCCUCAUGUUACCUGAAACAUUAUUGCUUGAGGACUUAAAAUUAGUCGUGAGCAAUUCAGUAAAUAUUUUUUUUUUUUACUGUGAAAGAGUUUACUGACAGUUUGCAUAUGCAAUGUGAAAUUAUUUUCAGUAGGGGAUACACUUUGGCAAUUUUCUCUAUUGUGAUAUUUUAAGAUGUUUGCACUUUAACUGCAGAAAGGAAAAGAGAUGCUCAUUAGACCUAAACAUUAGUCAAAAAAUUAGUCGGUAAGAAACUUUUUAGUUGUUUAAGAUAAAAUCUAAUCUGCAAAACUAUUUCAGAAAAAGGGUAAUUUUGAGAUCUUUUUAUGUAGAUGAACUGUAAAUGACAACAGAAUAUAUAAGUUAAUAUGCAUUAAUUAAAAGAGGUCUGAGCUCAUAAGUUGACAGAUGUAUUUUGUGCUCUACUCCUAAUUUGCCUCAUUUUUAAAACUGCAAUCAUGAAAUUAUUACAAGGACCUGUUUUAACAUAUGUUUACCUUCUAUUCUUUAAUUGUGUUCAUAUAUUAUAUGUUUAUUGUGCUAGGUUAUUAAGAAAUUGCUAAGUUUUAAAAAGCUACUUUUCAUUUUAACUCUGGGAAAAAAACAAUUGAAGGCCUCAUUGAAACAGUGGAUGCUGAUGUCGUUUUUUUGUCCGAUGAAUAAACCCUCUUUAUAAAUCACUUCUGGUCUGUUUAGAAGUUCAGCUCUAGCAAUAUGAAGCCAAUUCAGUCGCCAUUUUUCCACGAUAUGGAUUUUGUCAAGUUGGAGCCAGACGAUAGCGAUUGGUCCAUGUCAGUUUUAGUCAAUGUCACUAUGGCAACUACUAAAGGCGGGCUUGGGAGAAUCUGUAAAUCAAACCUUCAAGGUGGGGCCAGCGGCCACCAGAUGUUUUUACUGAGGGAUCUGAUUGGUCAAUUUAUAACUUGAAUAACAUGCGACAAAGAAAAUAUGAAAAAAAAAAAAAAA